ACUCCACCUUUUAAUCCCACAUGAGAGGGUGGAGCUCCCCCCCACCUCACCCCGCCCAGCCCCCCCAGAGAGAGGAAACUGAAAAGCUCCUUUAACCAGAGACCUUCAGUAAGAAGACAGCAGCUCUUCUACAGUUCUUUUGCUACUGAGACUCCACAGAGUUACGCGGAUAGCGGAACCAUGGCGAGCUCUUUCAGACGUCUGAUCUCCGGCCGUAACACGGCUGUGCUGUUGGCCAGUCUGGGCGCGGGGACGAUGGCCACCGGCUUCAUGCUGAGUGAGAACGGCUCUUUGGCUGCAGAGAUGAAGAAGAAGCUCUAUCCUCCCAGCGCCGACUUCCCCGACCUGAGGAAACACAACAACUGCAUGGCUUCAUGUCUGACUCCAGCCAUCUACGCCAAGCUGAGGGACAAGCUCACCCCCAACAACUGGACCCUGGAUCAGUGCAUCCAGACCGGCGUGGACAACCCGGGACACCCCUUCAUCAAGACAGUGGGCUGCGUGGCUGGCGAUGAGGAAAGCUACGAGGUGUUUGCUGAGCUCUUUGACCCCGUCAUCAAAGACCGGCACAACGGCUACGACCCCAGAACCAUGAAGCACCCCACCGACCUGGAUGCCUCCAAGAUAACCAACGGCAUAUUCGACGAGCAUUACGUCCUGUCGUCCCGCGUCCGAACCGGCCGCAGCAUCCGAGGCCUGAGCCUCCCCCCGGCCUGUUCGAGGGCCGAGCGCCGUGAGGUGGAGCGGGUGGUGGUGACGGCCCUGGCCGGCCUGAAGGGAGACCUGGCCGGACGCUACUACAGCCUGGGAGACAUGACGGAGAAGGAGCAGCAGCAGCUCAUUGACGAUCACUUCCUGUUUGACAAACCCGUGUCUCCACUGCUCACCUCGGCCUUCAUGGCCCGGGACUGGCCCGACUCCAGGGGCAUCUGGCACAACAACGAGAAGACCUUCCUGAUCUGGGUGAACGAGGAGGACCACACCAGAGUCAUCUCCAUGGAGAAGGGCGGCAACAUGAAGAGAGUGUUUGAGAGAUUCUGCAGAGGACUCAAACAGGUGGAGCAUCUGAUCCAGGAGCGAGGCUGGGAGUUCAUGUGGAACGAGCGUCUGGGCUACGUCCUGACCUGCCCCUCCAACCUGGGCACCGGUCUCAGGGCCGGGGUUCACGUCCGCCUGCCCAAACUCAGCAAGGACUCACGUUUCCCCAAAAUCCUCGACAACCUGCGGCUGCAGAAGCGCGGCACCGGCGGCGUCGACACGGCCGCUACCGGAGACACCUUCGACAUUUCCAACAACGACCGUCUGGGCAAAUCUGAGGUGGAGCUGGUGCAGCUCCUCGUCGACGGCGUCAACUACCUGAUCGAGUGCGAGAAGAGACUCGAGAGGGGCCAGGACAUCAAGGUCCCGGGCCCCAUCGGUCAGUUCAGGAAGUGAGAGUUUGACUCGUUAGCGUUAGCGGGAGGUCAGCCGCCGGCUCGCCGCUCCAUCUGAGCGUGGAGAACCUCAGAGCGACGUCCGUCCACAUCCUACACCCGCGGGAGGUCGACUCUCGACGCCUCCCACAAAGGGGUGCAGAUCCUUUAGGGCAAAAAUAAUCCUAGGCAUUGUUUGAAGUUAGGAGAAACUUCUACCUCAAGUUAACUGUAACCAUGACUUCAGUGAAUAAAACCCAUAUUAAAACA